AUGAAAAAUGGAAGCCUUCAUGAUAUUUUGCAUGAAAAGAAACCACCACCACCGUUAACAUGGAAUGUUCGGUGUAAAAUAGCUGUUGGAAUUGCUCAAGGACUACUAUAUCUGCAUUAUGAUUGUGUUCCACGAAUAGUGCACCGAGACAUAAAACCAAAGAACAUACUUGUUGACGACAAUAUGGAGCCUAUCAUAGCUGAUUUUGGCACUGCCCUAUGCAAGAAGGUGUUUGAGGAUUCUAAUAGUCAUUCAACAAUCCGGAAAAUGCUUUCGUCACACGUUGUUGGUACUCCUGGCUAUAUUGCACCGGAGAAUGCAUAUGAUAUUGUGCCGGGAAGAAAGUCGGAUGUAUAUAGCUAUGGAGUUGUUUUGCUCGAGCUAUUAACCAGAAAGAAACUGUUAGUCCCGUCUUUGAAUGAUGAGGCAGAGGAUACCCCCUUAGUGAUCUGGGCUAGAUCUGUAUGGAUGGAAACAGGCAAAAUUGAGAAGAUUGUUGAUCCAUACCUUGCAAGUGAAUUUUCCAGUUCAGUAGCAAUAGCCAAGCAAGUUGCUGCAGUCCUUUCAUUGGCAUUCCGAUGCAUAGAGAAGGAUCCAGGAAAGAGGCCGAACAUGAAAGGUGUUAUUAGCAUUUAUAAUAAGAACUUGUUUAAGCUGAGGCGUGAUGAGGUUCAAUAUGUCGAUGUGCUUGCAAUUAAACUGAUGGGAAAUGGUAAGUUGCAGGCAGACAAGUUUGUUCGGAUAGCUUCUCUAAUUGUUCCAAAAAUAACCUAUUCUUCGCGUAGUUUAAUCUUCCUUUCCUCUAUCACUGGUCCAAUACUCACCAAACCUUUCAACUGGUUUUUCCUUUUACGUUGGGGUCAAUAUAGGCAUCUGCAGAAAUCCUUAGGAGCACAUGGUGUUGUGUACAAAGCCGUGAUUGAUCAACUGGUUUGUUCUGUAAAGAAGGUUGAAUUUGAAUGGAACAAGAAAAAGCGUAUGAAUAUCAUGCGCAACGAAAUUGAAGUCUUAGAGAAGUUUAAGCAUCGAAAUUUGAUCAAAUGCUAUGGCUGCUGGAUUGGAGAUGACUAUGGUCUAAUCUUAUCUAGAUUCAUGGAAAAUGGAUGCCUUCAUGAUACCUUGCAUGAGAAGAAACCCCCACCACCGUUAACUUGGAAUGUUGGGGACAAUAACUUUAAUAAGACAAAAUUAUUGAUUUAA